AUGUCAGAUGAUUCAUCAAUUAUACUAAAUCUGUCAUCUGUGAAUGAAAGUACAAUCAAUUUGAAUGAUGAUUUACCAAUUGGAUCUGAACAUUCUUCAAUUAUAAUAGAACAAUCUCCUUCAUUUAAUAAUAAUAAUUUCGGAAAUCAUCUACGAACACAUAAAAGAACUGGAUCUACAAAUUCAUUUACAAAAAGUAGGUUAAGUUUAGAUAAUGAAAGUUAUAUACUGUCUGGAACACUAUACAAUUUUGAUGAAAAUAUUAAUAGAACAGAAUAUUCUCCCCUUGGACCAAAUUCGAUUUAUGAAUUAACAAUUGGAUCAGACAAUGCAAGAGCUAGAAGGAAUAGAAUUCCAAAAGCAUCAGUUACUUUAAACGGUGGUACAACCACUAUUUACAACUUAAACAUACCAACAAAUAAAGAGAUACCUCGAAUACAAUUGGAGAAACUUAAAAAGAAUGUAUCGAAUCAUGAAUUGGAAGCUAAAUUUGUUAAUGAUAUAGCAAAGGAAUAUAAGAAGUUUGAAGAAAGUCAGAAGAAAUUAACUGAAGAUUCUUUAAGAAAGUUAUCACAACCAAACGAGCGAGGUGAAUUAUCAACAUCAUCAUCAAUUGAAAAUUUCCAAAACAUAGAACAACCAUUAUUGAAUGAAGUGCCUAGUGUUUUUCUUGAUCCAAAUUUUAAACUAGAUGAUCCAAGAAUAUUUAAAAAAGUAUUAGAAAAUUCAAAUUUAAAAUUAGAACAAGACCAAAUUAUAAAUGAUACAGAUUUACAAGAAAAGUUCUCCAACUAUCUAGACAUUGUUGAAAUGAAUCUUAUUGGGGAAAUUGAAAAAUCUUCAGACUCAUUUUUUGAUACUAUUGGUGAUAUAGAAAAUAUUCAAAAGAAAUCAGAAAAUUGUGUUCAUAAUUAUCAAAAUAUAGUUCAAAAAUUGGAUCAAAUUGAACAAAAUCAAGCAAAACAAGGUUUAAAAAUAUUGGAAAAAAUGAUUGAAAGAAAAAAUGUAGAAAGCUUGGAAAUUACUGUGAUUCAACUACAAUAUAUAACCUCGAUUUUCCAAUUAGCAAAUAUAUCAUUCCAUAAUAAUGAUUUUUUCAAAUGUUUAAACCAAAUAGUGGCUGUUGAAAGUUUAAUCAAUGGAAUUCCACGAGAUGAAAUUGUUGAUGAAGAAAUCAAAAAAAUAUACCCGAAAUUGGAAGUUAUUAAUUUAACCAAUUUACCUGCAUUAAUCCAUCUAAUCAAUGAUUUACAAACUUUGAAAACAGAUUGUUCUAGAAAAUACAUUAAUGAUUUUAUUGAUCUUUUACUAAAAGAUUUGAGUAACCAUUAUAAGACAGUACCUACAAAAGAUACAUUGAACAGACUAUAUGUAAAUAAAGAUAAAUCAAAAAAGUAUUCAACAAAGCCGAUAAACACAUCAUUCAAGAAUUUAGAUCCAGAUUUCCAAUCAAAAUUAAAAGAUUACGUUUCAAAUUUAAUCAAAGGAGGAAAUUUGAUAAAUGCAUAUACUCUUUAUCAAAAUCGGUUCAUAGGAGAAAUCAAAGAAAUUAUCAAACUGGAUUUACCAACGUCUCAAAAAAUCGAAGAUAUAGAAUCCGAGACUUCACCAACACCGCCAGAUUCAUCUACUACAUCACAGUCAAAUGUAUUAAGUACGAAUUUAAAAGUACUUACACCAAAAGAAUUUGAAACAAUGAUUUCAAAAACUUAUGCACAAUUAUCUGAAUGUUUAAGAAGAUUGACUGUUCAUCAAAAAUUAUUAUUAGAUAUAGCAUUGACCACAAUUUCACAAACUUCAAACAUCAACAUUAUGUCAUUAGAUAUUUCCAGAGCGAUUCAUAAAGCAAUAGAAUUAACUCAAAUUAGAUUAAUGAAAAUCAUAAACAUACGACUGGAACAAACAGCAGAUUUACCAAUACAUUUAUAUUUAAGACUAUAUUCAAUAACAACAGCAUAUUUACAAGAAUGUGAGUUAAUUAACCCCACAUUUGAAUCAAUUGGAGCCGGAAACGCUUUAAAAGAAUGGUUCCAACAGCAUAUCACAUACUUUUUGCAUCGAUUACAUACAAAUGCUUCUAAACUGAUGUCUUUGAGUUGUUCGAAAGAAACCUGGAGAGUGGUGGAUGAUCCUGAAGUUUUAGGACCUGCUCAAAUUUCAUUGACUGAACAAAUUCAAUAUGCUGAAUAUAUACAAAGUAAUGGUUCUAAGGGAAUAUCGGGUGACGAAUGGCUUUCAUCAUUUGACUUUUACGAGGAUGAAGAGAUGGAAAAUACAGAGAAGCAACAAGAAUAUACAAUCAACAUGUUAAAAAUAGACGAGAAUGAGUUUAUAUCACCCAAAUUAGCAGUAAUAGUCAUAAAUCAUAUCAAAAAUUAUUUAAUUGCGACCAAAGCAUUCCCCAGUUUCACAAACACAAUUGAAAACAAUAUACUCAAUUAUUUUAAAGAAUUAAAUUCUAAAACGUCACAAUCAGUAUUAUCGGCUGGUGCUACAAGAACUGCAGGAUUAAAACAUAUAACAACAAAACAUUUAGCUAUUUGCAUAAGGUUUAUUGAAUUUAACAUUGCUUUUAUACAGCAUUUACAACUUAUUUUUAAAGAUGUAAGAACAGAAGAUCAAUUAUCUUUUGCAAAAAUGAUUAGUAACUAUAAGGAUCAUGAAACUGAACUUUUUGCUAAGAUCAUCACUAUAAUGCAAGAAAGAACAAUUGCUGCAUGUAAUAAAUUACCAGAUAUUAAUUGGUCAGAACCAGUAAAACACCCACUUCAGUGUCAUCAAUACAUGGAAAAUCUUGUUAGAGACACAAUAACCGUCGCAAAAGUAUUGAUGAAACAUUUACCAGAACUCAAAUAUUCAUUAGUUCUUCUGCAAAUUUUUGAUAGUUAUAAAAGAUUAUUUAUUGAAAGUUAUUGUACAAAAUUACCAUCAUUUAAAGAUUUUAAUGAAAAACAUAAUUUAUUAAAAGAUAUUGAUUAUUUUAGAGUUAAAUUGAGUGAAUUACCAGGAUAUGGAAAUUCAGGAGUUGUUAUUUGGGAAAAUGUUAAUUCAAUGCCAACAUUAGAAGAUAUUGAAAUGGAUGAGAAAAUGAGGAAAAAUGUUGAUGUUGAGAAAGCAGAAGCUUCUACUCUGCAAUCUGCAGAACCAUCUGUUAAAUCACAAAAUACAUUCCAGAAAUUGGUAUCUUCAGCUAGAAGUUCAUUUGAGAAAAGUAGCACUCCAAAACCUGAGGAUGUGGAUAAUGUAAAAGCUAAUAAUGAGCAGGAGAAGUCCGAGGCACCUGGAAGUGAAAUUUUGUUUGAUUCAACAAAUCCAGAGUCCGAAAAGGUUGUUGAAAUUGUUCCCGACAUUUCAACUGGUAAUGAAUCUGCAGGUAGUGGGAACCAAACAGUAACGACGAAUGGAAAUAAUGGUACUGAAAACGAAGGAAAGAUCUCGAACGGCGAAACUAAAACGCUAGAAAAUGAAAAUGGUCAUGAUUCAAAUUCGAUAAAUGAACCAGAAAAACUUGUCAUUACCAACGAGGAUAAGAUUGAAGAUGGAUUAGAUAAUAAUAACAAAGAAAAUGGAGAGGAAAAGAUUGAAGCUGUAUCAGAUCAUUACAAUAAGGUAAAUGGACAAUCGAAUGGGAACUUUGAAAAUAACGAGGACAAAGGUGAUACUGAGGAAAGCAAAAAUGAUGACCUUGAGCACACAAAUGUUGAAAAAUCCGACUUCAGUAAUGGGAACAAGAAUGGAGCCGAAUAUAGUGAGCACAUUCCAGCAACUAUUCAAGAAAAUACAAAUAUCGAUGAAGAAAAAUCUAUUGCUGACGACGAGAAAUCAAAUAAACUAGAAAAUGAACCUAAAGCAAUUCCAAAUGAAGACAAAAUUGAGAAUGAAAACCCUUUGUCAAGAGAGGUUGAAGUUCUCGACGAAGAAGCACAUAACACCAGCACAAAAGAUGAGGUCCCAGGGCACAUUGAGGAAGAACAACCUAAGUCCGAAAAUAAUGUAGCUGAUGAGUUAGUUUCACAAUUUAAUGAUCUUAACGUAAGAGAGUCUACGGAAAUUAAAGCUGAAGCUGCUACUAGUUCAAAUAUCAAUUCUGAAGAUACACCAUCUAUUGCCAACUCAGAAAAUAACGGAAAAACUGAAAAUCUACAAGAGGAUCAAAAACCAGAAUCGUAUCAACCUAACGACGAGAACUCAAAUAAUGCAGAAAAUGAACCUGAAGCGGUCCCAAAUGAAGACGUGAUGAACAGUGAAGGCACUACAUUAAGAGAGAUUCAAGUAGCUGACAAAGAAGUUCAUGAUAUCGACACAAAAAUUAUAGACCCAAAUCACACUGAGAAAGAUCCAUCUAACUCCAACAUAAACGUAGCUGAUGGGUUAGCUUCUUCAUCUAAUGAUCUUGAUGUAGAAGAAUCUACAGAGCUUAAAGCUGAGCCAAUCACUGUUUCAAACUUUAAUUCUGAAGAUACAGAUUCUAUUACCAACUCAGAAAAUAAUGGAAAAACUGAAAAUUCUCAUGAUGAUCAAAAAUCCGAAUCGUCACAAUCUAAUAAAUCAGAUCAACAUCAAGCCACCAACAAAUCCAAGAAUCAAAAAAAGAAAAACAAGAAGAAGAAUAAAAAAAGAUAA